CGGGCACCGGAGCGGGGCCGAGCGGAGCGGGACAGGGGCUGGACGCGUGUGCCCGCGGGUCAUGGACGGGCGGGCGGUGCUGAUCCACGCGCUGCUGGCGGCAGUGUGCUCGGCGGCGGCGGGCGGGCUGCGCCGGAACGAGCUGCACAACGAGGUGCUGCACAAGGGCGGCGGCGGAGGGGGAGCGCCGGUCCCGGCCACGGCCCCGCUGCUCGGCGGCAGCCCGGAGAAGGAGGGCGGCGGAGCGGCCUCGGGGGACGACUUCAGCGAGCUGCCGAGAGUUGCCUUCCUGUCAAAGCCUCAAGGUUUGGUCACUCCCAAGAAGAAAGGGAACGGCAAUAAAAGAAGAAAAGGCAAAGGCCUGGGGAAGAAGAGAGACCCGUGCCUGCGGAAGUACAAGGAUUUCUGUAUUCACGGCGAGUGCAAGUACAUCCGAGAGCUGGGAGCUCCCUCCUGCAUAUGCCAGCCAGGGUAUCACGGAGAGCGCUGCCACGGCCUCUUGCUGCCGGUGGAGCACCCGCCCAGCGCGUACGACCACACCACGGCUCUGGCCGUGGUUGCUGUUGUCCUGUCCUCCCUGUGUCUCGUCAUCAUCGCAGCCCUGCUGAUGCUCAGGUGUCACAAGAGGGGUGGCUACGAUGUAGAAAACGAAGAGAAAAUCAAGCUGGGCAUCACUGUGAAUCACUGAGGAUGCCGGGUGCUGGCGAGGGGUCGGCACUAAUAACGCACUUCUACCUCCUGGAAGAGGCGAGACCAGCGGGGCUGCGGCACGUCGGGGGCUCGCUGGAGCACCAGGACGGCACCCGCGACGGGGCCGCUCGGGCAGCGGCGGCACUGCAGGAGCUUCGUGGCCACCUCCGGGGACGGGGCGGGCUCGGGGGUGAGAGGGACCGGCUGCCCGGCGGCUCUCCGUCCACUGCAGUGCCGAGGAACAAACUGUGAAAGGGAGGAGACACCGGGCUCGGGGCUUCCUUCGCCGCAGGAGGGAGGGGGGGGAGGGUAACAGCUAUUUAACAAGAUAUUUUUCAUUUUAAAUUAUCUAUUUAUUUUAGAUAAACUGUACAUAGUAUUUAUAUUUAUUGUAGGUCUGGCCCUGCAUCCUUCGUGUAGGUUCAAGGUGACAGGGGUCAGACCUCCCUUAUUUUUUAAGUGCAAUGUAAUAUUCUAAUAAAUAACACUUUGUAACAAA